AUGUCUGCCAAGCACGUAGGUAAAAAUAUUCUCUAUGCAAGUAUCCUUGCAGUAAUAUCAGUGACUGUUGUCAAAGGCAUAAUAAGAUCCAAAAAAGAGGCUAGAUAUACACCACCAGCACUAGCUCGCGGCAAGAAUGAUAGUGAGCAAUCGAAAGAAUAUUACGAUAAUUUGGCUGAUGUGAAGCCAGGUUUUCCGUUGCCAAAGGACAACCCGGAAGACCAAAGUACCAGAAAGAGUCAAUUUGAAGGCUCUGGGAUGAGUGUACUAAGUAGGAAAAGAGGAGACAGACUGGGUUUCAUCGACAGAAGAAGUGAAAAAUAG